AUGUAUCAUUGUAGAACACCGCUGCAUUUGGCCUGUUGCCAAGGGUAUGCUAAUAUCGUCCAAGAACUUCUGGCUUGGAAUGCACGUACCAGUGUUGGAGACAAAGAAUCUAAGACACCUCUCAUGAAGGCUGUGGAAUGUGGCCAUGCUGAUGUUGUUGAAGUUCUUCUGAGUUAUCAGGUAGAUGGAGAGGCACGAGAUGGUGCUGGGGAUACUUCUCUCCAUUUGGCUAUUAAGCAUCUUCAUAUACCAAUCAUCAAUGCACUGAUAAAGGCUGGAACUAAUCCAAAUCUUAAAAACAUGGAUGGAAAAACUCCAUUGCAUUAUGCAAUACUGAAACAGGAUUUGAAAAUUGCUGACAUUUUAUUGAAAAACAAAGCAGAUGUCAAUGCAAUUGACAGUAAACAAAGAACUCCAUUGAUGUUUUCUUGUCAAUUAGGAGAUGAAAAUAUUGUCUCUCUUCUUUUAAAGAAAGGAGCCAGUGUUGUUGUUAAAGACGUCAAUGGUUGGUCAGCAAGUGACCAUGCUUUAGUGAAAGGUCACCAAACAUGUGUGAGGCUUCUAGAUAAUCAGCUUCGGCAGCAGCAGCAAGAUGAAGAUUUACUUAAAGAUUCAACUGACAGCUCAUCUGGAAUGCCAUUCAAAGUGAAAAGACAGAACAGUAAGGAGUCUGGUAGUGGCACUCAGGCUAUUGUUGGUGGAUCAACUGCAUAUAGACGUGCUAGCAUUAGUCGAACACACUUGCCAGUACCAACACAGCAAACGAUGUAUCCAACAGAAAACAAUGCUGAUGAUUCAGAUGAGACAGUUACAUUUUCAAGUCACUGCAGCCAAGGAAAAGAUGCUGGGUCAGACUCUUGGGCAGAUGACACAGACAUCAGUUUGGGGAUUGAGGAUAAAAAGGGCAAGGCAACCAUGAGAGUGAGUCUUGCCAAGUUUAUUCCUAAAACUUCAGAUAAUGAAGAUAAUGAGGAUUGUUAUGCUGAAUUAAACUUCAAGGAUGGUGAAUCUACAUUUGGGAAACGUUCAAUGUCACCAACCAAGAAGCAAGAAGACAUUGGAAAUGCAGCUUUACCUCGUAAAGGAAGAGUUUCUUUCAAGGAGGAUAAUGAAAUUUCAGAAGUAUUCACAUCAUUUAACAAUCCAGACACUCCAUUAAUAUCACACCCUGACCCUGAACCUAUCUAUGCCACAGUGAACAAACCAAAGAAACUUACACUUGAGCAGCAAAGAGGAAACAAAAGUACAAAUGGUAAUUCAUUUCUCUGA